UGACAGAGGAAGGGGAGGGUACAUGUUCAUGCGCAAGAGCUUUGUCGAUACAGAGCUAGGCGGUGGCAGAGUUUAGCUAUUAGCUCUUUUGAAAACAAGAUAAAAAUAUAAAGUCCUGUUUGGGCUUCAGCGCAUUAGUUGAAUUGCAAAGGUCGUGGUGCCGUUGCACGGUGGACUGUCAUUAUGUCCUGUCAGUUCCUGCUCCUGCUGUUGCUGAGUGUAGGAGUCUCCGCGGUGGAGGUCCAACGUCCUCGCGGUGUCCCUUUGUCAAAACGGCAGUUUUAUGAAGAGGGCAAACCCUUUACGUGCCUAGAUGGCUCCCGGACCAUUCCGUUUGACAGAGUAAAUGAUGACUACUGUGACUGCCAGGAUGGAUCUGAUGAGCCAGGCACUGCUGCUUGUCCCAACGGCAGCUUUCAUUGCACCAAUGCAGGUUUCCGUCCAACCUUCAUCCCCUCUUCUCGCAUCAAUGAUGGGAUCUGCGACUGCUGUGACACAACUGAUGAGUACAACAGUGGUGCUACGUGUCAGAACACAUGCAGAGAGCUUGGGCGAAAAGAGAGAGAGAGCUUGCAGAAGAUGGCUGAAAUUGCAAAAGAAGGCUUUCUGCUAAAACAACAACUCAUCCACGAAGCCAAAAUGGGUCUAGAGGAUAAGAAGGCCAAACUUGGAGAUGUUCAGGGGAGUAAGAAGGAUAUGGAAGCAAAGGUGGAGGCUCUAAGAACAGUAAAGGAGUCUGCAGAGCAGCCUGAGAGAGAAGCUAAAGAGCGCCAUCUGAAGGCCUGGGAAGAUCAAAAAGCUCUCAUUCAAAAAGAAAAAGAUAGUGCUAGAAUGGCUGAGGUGUUUCUUGAACUUGAUGAUGAUGCAGAUGGUUUUGUGUCAGUGCCUGAGCUUUUGUCUCAUUCUGAGCUCGACCCAGAUGCAGACGGUUCCUUCACAGAAGCAGAGGCGCAGGGACUAUUGGGAGGAGUGGAUAAAGUAGACACAGUAGCAUUUGAAUCUAUCUGGAGUAAUGUCAAAGAAAAAUACAUGUCAGAGUCCAACGCAGACACCCCAGCACCAGAGGAAACUUCACGGGAGGAAAUAAACGAGCCCGUCUCUGACAACGAAUCUGAUCAGUACCCUGACGAUGAUAUACCAGAGGAUGAAGAUGAUGAUGAUGAAGAGGAUGAAGAUGAUGACCGCGAUGAGCAUGACUAUAAGAUCCCUCCUACAGCGAGGACUGAAGAAAAGAAGGAUGAUGAUGAAGGAGCUAUGCCUCCCUAUGACCAAGAAACGCAGAACCUCAUUGAUGCUGCUCAGAAAGCCAGGGAUGAGUUUGAUGAGGCUGAGAGAGCUCUCCGGGAAGUAGAUGAUCAGAUCAGGAACCUUGAGAAGGAAAUCUCUUUUGACUUUGGACCCAGUUCUGAAUUUGCCUACCUCUAUAGCCAGUGUUAUGAGUUGACUACAAGCGAGUACAUCUAUAGACUGUGUCCAUUUAACAGGGUAACCCAGAAAUCCAAGUUUGGUGGAUCAGAAACUAACCUAGGAUCCUGGGGGAAAUGGGCCGGUCCUGAGGACAGCAUCUAUUCUGUAAUGAAGUAUGAACAUGGAACAGGUUGCUGGCAAGGCCCCAGCAGAUCCACCACAGUUAAGUUAACAUGUGGGAAGGAAACUGUUGUGAUGUCUACCUCAGAGCCUAGUCGCUGUGAGUACCUGAUGGAGUUUACAAGCCCUGCAGUCUGUCAGGAGCCCCCAAGCCUGGAAAUAUCGAGUCAUGAGCACCAAGAACUCUAGAUCUUUUUGAUUAGUUGUUCUCAAGGGACCACAGUCACUACAGCAGUAUGAAGUUGCCAUGCUGUGAGCAGCAUCACCUUGGUGUUGGUUAACAAUUAACGAUAAAUUCCAAUGAUUAGUUUCUCUUUCACUUCUGUAGCAUCAUCUAAAUUUCCAACUUCCAGUGCUACCUGUUUAUUUGAGCCUGUUUCUAUCCACUGUAGUGUCAUUCCAUUAUUUUGAAAUAAACUUCUUAUCGUGCUGUUAAA